AGUCCGGCCACAUUUGAGCCGGGAAGCCGAGACUCGAGUGGGCGUGGCGGCAGGGGAAAAUCACAGUCGUCGCACACCCUGAUUUCUCACUUUUGUCGACGGGCUUCCAGAAGAGCCACCUAAACUACAUCCUCGAGGGCCGCGUCGAUGCCAAAGACCACCCCGUGAAAAUCAGGAUGUCCUUAUAUGGUAAUCUGCUGUCAAGUGAUCAGUUCCAGUGCUCAAUCUGCUUGGACAUCUUCAAUAACCCGUCGUCAACGCCGUGCGGCCACAGCUUCUGCGUCACCUGCAUCAAUCAAUAUUGGGAUGGGGCCAAGGUUUGUCAAUGUCCUCUGUGCAAAAGGACCUUCCAGAAGCGUCCGGAUCUCCAGAUCAACCGGACCCUGCGCGAGAUCACCGAGCAGUUCAGGUCCAUGUCUGGGGGAGGUGCGGAAGGAGGAGGCGUGGCCAAAGAAAAGAAGGGAGUAAAAGGGCGACAGUGCGCCAUGCCGAACGAAUUGUUGGACGAACUGACGAGGAAGCUGCCUCGACCUCACGCCAGCAUGCCAAUCACCAGCGAAGACCAAGGUGGCGAACCCAGCCCCGGGAACCCUGUGGCCGCAUCGUCCUCAGUCCCCGUUCAAAGUCCGCUCUCUACAAUGAUUGGCGCAGGCGGACCACCUCAAGUCCAACCACGCCCGGCCGAGUCGUACGGCCGAAGGAGGUUCACCGUGAGCGGGGCGGCGGACAGCCACAACAUUCCUCUCUGCGACAUUCACCACAGGGGGAUCAUGAUUUUCUGUCGGACCGACGGGGAGUGCAUCUGUCCCGAGUGUGAGGCCGAGGUGCACCCUGAUCACGACACAGUGACGGUGGAAGCGGCGUGGGUGGACAAGCAGGUGCAGCUAAAAGAGAUGGAGGCGCAGAACCAGGAGAUGAUCCAACAAAGACUCGUGAAGAUCGAGGAUAUCCGCUCAUCGGUAUCCCAACUGGAGCUGGUGGUGGAGCGGGCGACGAUGGGAAGCGUCUGCAUGUUCUCGGCGCUGACGGCGGCCCUCGAGCGAGCGCAGGCGGAGCUGAUGAACGUCAUGCAGGCCAACCGGCAGACGGCGGCCAACCGGGCGGAUGCUUUGAUACGGCAGCUCGAACUGGAGGUGGAACAACUGCGGCGGCGGGAGAGCGUGCUCGCGCAACUCUCAACCACGGAUGACCACCUACAGGGUGUUAAGAAUUUCGCCACGGUCACCGCUCCUCUACCCACCAACGAUUGGUCGGGUGUUUCCAUCACGUGCGAUCUGGGGAUCAACGCCAUCUACAGGUCGCUGGCAGGCGAGGUGGAGAAGUUCCAGGAGCAGCUGAGGGGCAUCAUUGAGACGGGUUUCACUGAAUCAUCAUCGUCAACAUCAUCACUGGAGACCAGCCCAGCGCGUCCACAGCCCAGGAUGAGAAGGGUGCAGGAGUUUGCAGUGGACGUCACACUGGACUGCAACACGGCCCACCCCAGACUGCUUGUGUCCGACGACAUGAAGAGCGUGCGAUGCGGCGACCGACACCAGCUACUUCCGGACAACAUCGAGCGGUUUGAUCGCGUCGUGUGCGUCCUGGGGAGGGAGGCCAUCACCUCUGGGCGACACUACUGGGAGGUCCAAGUGGGCGGGAAGACGGACUGGGAUCUGGGCGUGGCCAGACAAUCCAUCAACAGGAAAGGCAAGAUUGACGUGACGCCAAAUAAUGGAUACUGGUUCCUCAGCUUGAGAGACAAGAACAAGUACGCCUUUCGCACCGAACCGUCCACCGACGUCCACCUCAACCUCCGACCCAACAAGAUUGGAAUAUUUGUCGACUUUGAUCGAGGACAGGUUUCCUUCUACAACGUGGACGCCAAAAUCCACAUCUAUACGUUCAACGACACGUUCACAGAGUGCAUCUUCCCGUUCUUUAGCCCCUGCACCAACAGAUCGGGAAAGAACGACGGGCCGCUCGUCAUCACGCCAGUCGACAUGUCGGAAUGAACCAAAUCGACAAGUCCCGUUCCGCCACCGCUGCCGCACUUGAUUUCACGUUGAUUCUUCUUCCAUCGAUUAAAACGGUGUCUUAUUUCAAAGUCAUUCAUGCAAGCAUUUGAAAAGAAAAUUUACAACUUGAUGAUUGUAACUGAAAUGAUUUUUUUUUUACUGUUGCAAACAAUUUUUAAUUCCCUCAA